AUGUUCGAAGAAGUCCCAGCUGGAACACUCACGCCGACAAUCAAUGAUCCCCAAGGGAACCCACAGGAUGACGGGGAUCUGAUCGCCAGCAUUUGGCAGUCCGUAAUGAUCGAUCUCGAUCAAGAUGGUGACCUCGACAUCUUCGCCGCGUGCGACGGAUUCGACAACCGGAUGUGGAUCAACAACACCGUUCCGGGAGGGGCACUGGAUCUGGAGUACAUCGUUGCGUCGUCUGUUGGAAUGGCGAAUGAUGACUUUGACAUGGGGGUCGCAUUCGCUGAUUACGACGCGGAUGGUGAUCUAGAUCUGUUCACCUCCAACAUCACCGAUGACAGCAUUGCACCGAACUUUAAUGUGCUAUAUCGAAACAAUCUGACACCGAAUCCGCCCAGCGUUUCCGGUGCAAUGCACCCUGUUUCGAGUGUCAACAACCUUUAUUCUCAAGAUACUUGGAACUGGGGAGCUACAUUCGCUGAUCUGGACAAUGACGGAUGGCAAGACAUUCUCGUUACGAAUCAAGUUCAUAAUUUGAAUAAUAAGUCUCAUGUAUUCAUGAACUCAAGCAACUCAUCGAAUCCUCAAAAUCCCGCUGAAGAGGGGCGGAUCUUUGUGGAAGAACUGUUUUCCUCCUUGAGUGUGGACUUCCCGAGUGUAAGAAAUAGCAGUUCAUUGAUCAAGUUCGAUUAUGACCGUGACGGCGACCUCGAUGUCAUGGAGACAGUUGAAAAAUUCGCUACCGAUCCUUCAGCAAUCCUCCUCUACGAAAACCAACCAACCGGCAUAGGACAAAUCGGACACAGCCUCACAGUCAAACCGCGUGGCGAUGAAGCGAACCCGUUCGCGCUGGGUGCCAAGAUCACCGUGGAUGUAGACAAAGCCGUAGGCGAUGACCUGAGCAUGCUCCACACCAUCUCCGCAGGUGUCAGCUUCAUGGGUCACGAACCCGCCGAAGCCCACUUCGGACUCGGAGACAUCAGCCCAGCCGACACCAUCACCAUCACCGUCACCUGGCUCGAUCCAAACGAUGCGCCAUCAGUCGUGACCAUGACCGGUGCCGAAAUCAUGGCAGGAUCCGCCACCACCGCGGGCAAUGUCGUCCGCAUCGGAUGGUGCUCAUACGCAGACUUCGCUCAGCCAUUCGGUCAGAUCGAUUUCUUCGAUGUCAGUGAGUUCCUCGUGAGAUUCAACGCACAAGACCCAGCCGCAGAUCUCAGACCUGGUUGGGGGGAGUUCGAUUUCUUUGAUAUCAGCGAGUUCCUCAGACUCCAAAGCCUUGGCUGCAAUCUCAACUGA